AUGGAAAAAAAGUGCGAUAAGUGUAAAAGCACGAUACGCGGAGAAGUGGGCAAUAUACGAUGUGAAGGGGUGUGUGGUAAAUAUUACCACCUGACCCGAAGAUGUUCUGGGCUUGACCAAUGCAGCAUUGAUAAACUGCAAGAAUGUGAAAUGCUAAGAUUUAUGUGCGCUGACUGUGUACAUUACGUAAAUAAUGUAGAUGAUAUAUUAAAAGACAUGCAAAUGGUAGUGAAGCAAAAUGGACAACAACUACAAGAGUAUAGAAGUGAAUUUGAUAAUGCACUUAGAAAGAAUGAACAAGAAAUAAAGCAUCUUCUUCAAGCGGUGGAAACAGCCUUCAGUGAAAGAAUUAGAGCUAUGCAAAAAGCGCAAGAAUCGUGCGAAAAAAGUGUAAAAGAGGUUAAUAAAAUACGGGAAAUAGCUGAAGGCUUUAAGGCUAGCAGCGAACAGGUAUGUGUCGAAUUAAAAACUAACAAAGAUGACAAUAAGAAAAUGAUCGAAGCAAUAAGCAACGAAAACAAAAAAAUGUGCAACGAAUUGAAGGAGAAUGUCAAUAAUGUUGAAGCUAAAAUAUCGUAUGCGAAUAUAACAAAAAUGAAACCGAGCAAAAAACAAGAUGCGGAAAUGACAAAAAAUGACCUCAAUUCAAAAGUAGACCCUAAAGAGCUGCAAAUAACGAAUAUAGUAACUACGCAAAGCGGGGUAGUGAUAGUUGAAAGUAAAAAUGAUCAAGAACGAGAUAAAAUUAAAAAUGCCAUCGAGACUAAUCUUGGAAAUGCCUAUGAGGUUAAGAUCCCUAAGAAAGUGAAACCGACAGUUGUUGUAUCGGGUAUAAACUUUAAAUAUGAUAAUGAUGAACUGGCGCAGAGAAUUAAACGACAAAAUGCGUGUCUUACUGAAACGGACAUUAAAAUUAUAAAACAGUAUGAAAAGAAAAAGGGUUCGAAUGUGUAUUACAACGCAGUACUAGAAGUGGACGUAGAAGCUUUCACGAAUAUACUAGCUGGAGAAAGGAUAAAUGUAGGCUGGGAACGGUGCAGAGUGUAUGAUGCAGUCCAAGUACUUUGUUGUUUUAAAUGCAAAGGCUUUCAUCAUAAGGCCAGUGGCUGUCAAGAAAGGGAAGUGUGCACAAAAUGUCUGGGUGAACACAAACAUACGCAAUGCGAUAAGGAACCAAUCAAGAAAUGUAUCAACUGUAUAAGGGCAAAUAAGGAACUGAAUCUUGGGCUUAAUGACAACCAUGAUACUAUGGAUAGAGCAUGUCCUGUAUAUCAGCAAAAAUUAUCCGCAAGGAAAAAAAAGAUUGUUUAUUAG